AUGUUAGCCUUUGCAAUCUUGGAUAGAGUUGCCCACGGCCUCGUCCGUAUCCUGCCCACAGUGUGGAGCGAUAGAAUCAGAUACAAUGCGUCUGAUCUGACUGUCUUCGUCCCCAAGACCCAAGCGAUAAAAACAAAGCCUCGAAUGACCAUGGUCGAAGCUGUCUUUGCAACAAUGCUCUUCGAUUUGGCCUUGUUUGGAACUGACAAUUUCUUCAUUAACUUUAUCAUUCGCGCCUUUACCAAGUUCCAGAAUAGCUGGGAUAAGUCCUUCGCUUCACCUGAGGAAGCGGAGAAAGAAAUCACUGACUUUUGCGAGCGUUUACAGAUUCAGCAAGAGCCUUGGAUUUGGGAAAAGCCCAUUACCGAAUACAAGUGCUUGAAUGACUUUUUCUCUCGUCGGUACACCAAUCCUCCUCCCAUGGGUGAAAGCGUCAUUAUUUCACCAGCAUGCUCCACCAUUACAGUUCAUGGUGAUAAUGAAGAAUUCACUAGAUUGGUAGUGAAAGGUUGCGACUAUGCUCUGAAAGAUGUUGGAUUGUUCCCGACCGAAGACUUGGAUGCUUACUCCAAGAACCACGUGUUUUUGGGAUACCUCUCACCAAAAGAUUAUCACCGAUUCCAUGCCCCCUUUUCCGGAAAAUGCAUCCACUGCUCGAUGGAAGAUGCCGAAGUUGACUCUGCCUCGGUGAAGUUCUUUGGCGGCCGCUUCAACAUUUUGAACAAGAACAAACGCUUGAUUGUGGUCUUAGAAGACAAGCAAAAGAGAAGAGUAGCCAUGGUUAUUAUUGGUGGUAUUGGAGUAAAUACCAUUGAAUACGACAGUACCAUUCAAGAUAAAUGGGUGGAGAAGGGAACUGAUUUGGGAACCUUCCGUGCCGGUGGAAGUGCCUUCUGCUUAUUCUCAAACACUCCUCUAUCAAUUGACUCAAAGUUGUUGCAAGCCAAGACAGAAGACGGAGAAGAUCUUCCAAUGGAGCUCUUGUUUGGAGAAAAUUUGGCCAAUUUUGCAAGUUAA